AUGGGUUUGAGCAGCAGCAGCUGCUGUCAAGAGGAGGAGCUGGUGGAAGGACCCAAGGAGCCUCCAGAAGUGGUUCACAGCCACAGCCGUGCUCCGUCCAGCUCGUCCUCCAGCAAUGCUGUGCCUCCGGCGGCAGUGCCGCCUCUGAUGUCACCCUCGGCUGGGACGAUGGGCUCAGAACCCUCACGUACGCUGAGCAAGUGGAGCCGGCUUCAGGACAUGCGACACCUCGAGGUGGACGCCGAAAUCGUUCGCGGGAUUUCCCUUCAUGCUUCCCUUCGCAACCUGGGACUCCUAUGGUGCAAGUCUCCCAUCGAUUUGGCCGAGGAGGGCCGCCGGCACUUGUACGACCGUUCAGCGCCGGUGGCGGCCUACGACAUCUUCUUGUCGCACACAUGGCAGACGCCAGGGAGGUACAAAGUCCUCAGCCUUUUGUUUCAGGCAGGGUGGAAGCAUAUGCUUCAACUUUGGUCCAUCAGUGUGGUCUCAGCUUUUGUGCUGAGCUUGUGCAACGUACUUCCACUUCCCUUCACCAUUGUGCCGGAGUUCGCGGAAUACCAUGCGCACCAUUGUCCAUACUUCCCUUGGUGCCUCGUCAUGGCUUUCGUGGGAAGCUCAUUGGGGCUCUUGCUGACGCCCUAUUUUCCGGCUCUCUGUGGCCAGCAUCCUGUUUGCUUCCUGGAUGUGGUCAGCAUCCACCAAGUGGACAAGGAGUUGAUGGAGCGAGGUAUUUAUGGCUUAGGAGGAUUUUUGCGAGUCUCAAGAGAGCUCCGCGUCCUCUGGUCCGCCCCCUACCUCUCGAGGCUCUGGUGUGUCUUCGAAUUGGCGGCUUACCGCAAAGCCAACCCCGAUGGGCGUAUGGUCUUGGCACCUCUCUUUAUCGAAGCCGGAGUCCUCUUGAGUCUCUUGGGAACCUACUUUGCAGCUUUCCUCUUUGCAGUGGGCUUUGUGCUGGACUGGCAGUUCGAACUGCGCUUCGUGGGCUACGUGAUUGCGCUGGCACCCAUCUAUGUGCUCAUGCACCUCUUCCGUCGGACGAACAUGGCCAAGCUAAAGCUUCUGUCAGAUUUGCAAACUUUUGAUCUGGCACGAGCUGACUGCAGAACGGACUUCGACCGCGAGUUCAUACACCGUGCAAUCACUGAGUGGUAUGGGAGCAAGGAGAAGUUCACACAGCAUGUUCGCGGGCCGUUGCGUGACGAACUGCUGGGUGGCAACAAGGAAAUCCUUCCGCUGCAGUACAUUUUGCUGGUUUCCACGGUGACAUUUAGUGCAUCGCUGGACAACAUCAUCGCAUUGGAUUUGGGAGGGGUGCCGCUGUAUUGGCAGCUGGCCCAGGCCAUCGCGAACUGUUGUGGCUUCCACUUGUUCUGGUUCGUGAUGUUUCUCAAGCUUUGCAUCUUUCUCUGCGAUCGCUUUGCCGCUCCGAUGUUCCCGGGGCUGCUAGACUUUGUGCAGACCUUCGUCCUUUUUGGGGCGGCUGUUGGCUUUUACUACGUUGGUGCGGAGCUCACUCGUAGAGCCUACCUGGCGAGUUUGGAGGCAGCUGUUGCGUGGACUCUUUCUGCGUGCCUUUUGGCCGUCCUCUCUUUCUUCACCGAUCGGCUGGUAAAUCACCGGUUUCACUCAUCAAGGGCGAACAGGUCCGCUGCAUGCUCUGGUACCUGA